AUGGAGUUCAUGAGAGGAGUGGUCUGUAGAGAGGACGCGGCAAAAGGCCUGAUUGACGUCGUUGAUGCAUUCAAUGUUCAGACGGAGACGACCAUUGAUAAUUGGAUAGCCGAAGCUAGAAAGCGGGUACACGCCGUUCAGGGAAACCAGGAAAAUGUCGUGGACAAGACUCGAACUGAGCUUAGACCAGUGGAGCGCGCCGUUCAGAUCCUGGACAGUACGAGUGAACAAAGUCCUGGUGGCGUGAAGCGUGUUGGCUUCAUCCUUCUCCUGUCGGAUGGACGACAGAACAAGCUUCUGUUUGACGAGUCUGAUGUCAAAAACCUCCGUCGCAAGUACCCGGUGCACGCCUUCGGCUUGGGAAUGAAUCAUGACCCAGGGAUGCUGCAUCGUAUCGCCGAAACAUCCAGAGGAACCUACUCCUCCAUUGCGCCUGCGCAUGCGGAGAAUCAGAAUAAUCUCAACAACAGCAGCAAGCUGAUGGAAGCCGUGGCCUUGUGCUUAGGCGGGCUCAAGAGUGUUGUGGCCAUCAACACGCGCGUCAAAAUCAGGGUAAAGCUCGACGACCCAAACCCAAACGAGAACAAUGUGAACAAUAAAAGCAUCAACAUGAAGAUCCAACAGGGGGCCCACGACUUUAUCACCAAGACGAAGGAAGGUUUUGCUGUCGGCGUCCUCUACGCUGGUGAGGUGAAGGACUUGAUCGUCCAGAUUAAUUUUAGAACCAACCCCAUUAGUUCACGAACCCGAUCAGCUACUCUUACUGCUACCGUGGAGUAUGAGGAUAGUUCUGCUAGUUCACACAACCAGGCAGAGGCAGCAGCAGCUGCUGCUGCUAGUACUACUACUCUUACCGCCGAAUGCAACCUGCCGCUCCUAGUCACGGGAACCAGUAAUGAGGCUGCCAGGACAGCGAUGAUCAUGUUGGAGGUGCUGGAAAUGCUGGCCAGCUUUGCAGAGGAAUACUCGAUGACGAAGAAGAAGGAGGAGGUGGGAGGCCUGCUGCGGAGGAAGUGGGAAGAGGAGCGAAAGAAGACACGAAAUUAUCUGGAGGUGGCCCAGGAGAUGAGUGACCUCAUCGACGACCUGCGGAGGAUCGACGAUGACAUGGAGGCGAUGGCGAAGUGCCUGCAGAAGAGGGGUCUCCUCGGGGUUGAGCUGCAUCUACUCGUGGGUGUCGAGCUACCAGAUGCAGCGUGCCACCACGGGCCUGCCACUGCCACCGCCGGCACCAGCAACCCCCCCGUUCCUGACGCCAGACAUGGGGAAAAUGGUGGAAAAGGCAAGGAAUUAUAA